AUCUUAGCUUUCAACACCAUCAAAACAAAUCUACACGCAUCUCAAUAACUCAAAAUCAAAGAGUAGAAGAAUGAGUUCUACAAGGUUAGUAGCGGCAAGCAUUGGGGCAGUGGAGGCGCUGAAGGAUCAGGGAUUCUGCCGAUGGAAUUACGCAUUCAGGCUUCUUCAGCAGCAAGCCAACUCCAAUCUCAGAUCUUACAUUAACAAGCCCACCAGAGUCUCGGCCCAACAACGUGAAAAGUUGAAGCAAUCGGAGGAGUCUCUAAGAACAGUCAUGUAUUUGAGUUCUUGGGCUCCCAAUUAGUCAUAGUCAUACAAUUCAUCUUCAUUCUUCACCAAUUUUGUAUAUACAACACAGAUAUUAUGUGGAGUACUUCAUGUUUCUCAAAUUUAUAUAAAAAAUUGGAAAUUUACUCUCCA